AUGGAGCUCAUCGAACUACUAGAUGGAAGUCUCUCGGCUGCUUCCGAUGUUCGUGCACAGUGUGAAGUUCGUCUCACGAAUCUCCUUUCAACACGUGGUUUUGCCUUGCAAUUAAGUGCAUUUCUCUUUUCAAAAGAAGCGUCAGAUGCACAGCGUCAAUUAUCUGCUUUGUUACUUAAGAAAGUUGUGACGUCAUACUGGGUACGAAAUGAAGAUGUUACGUACGUUGUAGACGAGAUGGAAAAGAUGCAAAUAAAACAAACAUUAAUUUCAGCACUUCAUGAACGUCUUGAGCUCUUUACUACAAGUAAACUUCAGACAGCAUUCUGUUUGAUUUUAACUGCUAUCUUUGAACGUGACUGGCCCGACCAAUGGAUUGAUAUCUUACCAACGAUCUUGACCAUGAUCUCAAGUCAAGAAAAAUUACGCAUUGAAUUUGCAGUACGUUUUCUCUCGCUUGCAGGUCAUCACUUUGGAAGUGACAGCUGCUGUGAUUUGGUCACAUCAGUCUUUCCUCAUCUUAGUCGAAUCUUUGGUUUGACAAUGGAGUUUUCAGCUAGCACACGGUCACAAAUUGCUCGGAUUGUACAGAAUAGUCUACUGAUGGUUGGAAUGGAAGCUCAAGUAGGUAAUACCAUAGCGCUUCAAUUAUUACAUGAAAACACAACGCAGUGGAUUCGUCUGUUCCUUGAGCAAUUGGCUAUGCCGGUACAAGGUGUUAAAGAUUAUUCGAUUAAGAUUCAAAUCUUAACAACGUUAGCAAGUUUUGCACGAGAAUGGCCGAAAGAAAUGACGAAUGUAUUACCAGAGAUUUUUCCACGAGUGUAUGGACUAUUAUUGCACGAUAUGAACGCGUACGAACAGCAUGUGGUUCUGAGCUCGUGUUCUGAAGAAGAAGGAUACGAUAGUGAUGGAGAUGGUGCGUUAAUUGGUCAAAGUGCUAUGAUUGUCGCAGCGUUUGAGUUUGUACGUGGUGCGAUCCAUGCACCGACUAAAAAGACUCGACAACUCAUUGUGAAUGGAUUGACCGACUUUGUGUACGUUAUGAUUGGGUACAUGCAAAUUACCGUGUGUCAAAUGGAAGAGUGGAGAGAAGAACCAAACAAGUAUGUGGCAGAUGAAGACGAAGAGAGUUCGACGUUUAGUGUACGGAACGCAGCUACAGAUUUGUUGACGGAGCUUGAGACAGUGCUAGGACGUAAAGCCGUCGCAGCGGCACUGGAUGCCGCUCAGCGUCGAUUAAAGGCCGACAAUGUUACUAAUUGGCGGCUUCAAGAAGCUGCACUGGUGGUUGUCGGGUGCUUAGCAGCAUCGACGCUUGACGCUUGGAACAAGAAUGCGACUGAGAUUACGCAACUUCUUGAUCUUUCGGCGUUCUUACAGACGUUGUUUAAAGUGAUGAAUGCAGAGAGUCAAGAGAUUUACUUACGGGCUCGAGCACUGUGGUGUGCAAGUCGUUUAGCUAAAGGAAUGAACCAAGAGAUGCUUGAUGCUUUUCUUCAAGUAGCGAUCUCUGGACUUGAGCAGGGACAAGUGCUGCCUGUUCGUAUGUACGCGUGCCGUGCCAUUGGAUCGAUACUUCACUAUGUUACAGGCAACGCACGACUUCAGAAUGCAAGUGUUGUGAUCAUCGAUCGACUUGCUAGUCUCGCGGAGCAAUCGACGCACGAGACGCUCCAUAUUGCGCUCGAAACGCUUGUUGUGGUCCUGCAAGAGUCGGAAGAGAUUGCUCUUGAGUCAGCGCAACGUGUUGUCACUUGCUUCUUGUAUCACUGGAGUCAAAAUCUGAAUGAUCCAUUAAUCAGUGAAUUAACCGACGGCGCAUUUGGUGCGCUCCUUCAACUCGACAAUGCAUCUAUCACGGCUUCAGUACAUGCACAAGUUUUACCUGUCAUUCGUUCAAUGCUCGUCAAGAGUUGCUCUGAUCUCGGAAGCACUGGCACUGGCAUUUACACGGCCAGCAGUGCAUUAACAAUCCUCAAAACACUAUUACGACACUCGUUUGCAUCUAGUAACACAGUUUCAAGUGGCGGUGUCGACUCAGCGACCCAGCAAUUGGGCGCACAAAUCGUACAACAAUCGUUUGAGCCGCUUGUGAAUGUAUUGGGCGUUAUAGAUGAUGAAAAAGUGUUAAAUUUCGGCUCGGAAUGCCUUAAGUGGCUGGUUAUGUUUGCCGUCGAGUCGUUAGCAGCGUAUACGACAGCCUCUGGCACGAACGGUAUCGACACAACGCUCGCUGUCUCGGCCAAUUUGCUGUCUCCAGCUGUCUCGGAUGCAAGUGCUGCUUGCGUUGGUGGACUGAUCACACAAAUCUUGUUAAAGCUAGGUCCGAGUCUACCAACGGCGACAGUACAGUCGAUCCUAAGUGCUGUAUGCGCUCGACUAGCUGCGACUUCAUUGCCGUCUUUAGUACAGUCGCUGUGUAUGGUUUUUGCUCGUCUAGUGCACUCUCACGGUCGUGAUCUUCUAAACGUGCUGGAGCACUUACCGGCUCCAACGACACGUGACGGUCAAAAUCAAGCUCUUAAUAUGCUGACGUUUGUAUUUCAAACGUGGAUUGAGAAGCAGCAAGAUUUUUAUGGUCUGUACUGCAUUAAAGUGACUAUCAGUGCUCUUAUGAAGGUGGUAGAGUGGAAUGAUCCUCGCAUCAAUGCUAUCACUGUCACUGGAAGCGUUGUAAACGAUAUGAAUGCUGACGGAAUAGGCAUCCAGACACGAUCCAAGGCACGAUGCGCUCCUAGUAACAAGACACAACACACGACGGUGCACUUUGUGACAAAAUUUGUCGUUCUUCUUGCAAAGACUCUUUCGAAUUUAGCAGAAGAGGAGGAAGAAUGGCAGUCAUCGGAUGAUUCGGAAGGUGAAGAGGACGAGAAGGCAGAAUAUCAGGCUUCGUCUUCAAUAUUUGCUCCUGCUGAAAAUUAUGAACUUUUAUCGGACGCUUUGGAUGCUCACGACACAGUAGAAGGUCACGGCGACGAGCCUGAAGAAGAGUUUGAAGCGUAUUUUGACCCAUUAAAUGACGUGAAUCUAAAGACUGUUAUUCCUUACGCUUUACAGAAAGUUACUGCUGAUGCGAAUCUGAUGCAGGCCAUUCUACCUGAGCUUACAGCUGCAGAUCAAGAGGCACUUGCUGUCUCGUCAUCUACGUAG